CCAAGUAAACUCGCGUAAACGAGUGACGAGUAGUUGGGCGUUCGGGCAUGCCUCCCAAUUUCGAGCACGGCACGUUCUAGGGAUCUAAACUUAGAACGUGCUCGAGCGAGCUCGAGUUCAGUUUGAAUCAACCGUCCUGACAAGAGACUCAAGGAAGGUCCGGAAACACCACUGGAUCUGGAAGGAGGAAAAUUGAGCGUACGAGUUAAUUUCCACGGAAGCUGUAACACUGGGUGAAGGAAUACCAAUUACCAAUUUUCAAGUUACGAGAGGAAAAAAUCAUAGGGACAUCUUCAGUUAUGGCCUACAGUUGGGACAAUCGUGUCAGUUUCAUUGUCAAGUUUCUUUAUGACAUAGAUAACAAUGGAAUACUGGACCAGCACGAUUUCGAAUGCAUGGCUUUGAAGAUGACGCUGAUCGAAGGAAAGGGCGAAUUCCAUGGAAGUCGUUAUCAGGAAAAUCUGCACAUUAUGCUCUCUCUCUGGGAAGAGAUAACUGAGCUUGCCGAUUUCAAUAAGGUAGAAUUUGACGGUAUUGUAACUAUCGAGGAAUUCAAAAAGGCUGUGCAGAGAUGUUGCGUUGGACGGUCUUACAGGGAUUUCCCUCAAGCAAUGAAAAUGUUCAUUGACAGCCAUUUCAAGUUGGUAGAUCUAAACGACGACGGCGUUAUCGCAGCCGAGGAAUAUCGUUAUAAUUGUGUUACGAGGAUUCCCGUGGACAACAUAGACACCCUCGACGAGGCCUAUCAGAACCUGCUCAACGAUGAUGAUAGAAGACGUGGUGGCUUAACACUCUCCCGCUAUCAAGAACUCUACGCACAAUUCCUUGGAAAUCCAGACGAAACCUGCCCAGCAGUUCAUUUGUUUGGUCCAUUGCAUGAACUUUGUUAGUGUCAAGCAGCGUAAUAAAGAACACUCGAAGUGGACGUACAAAAGACAAUUGAAAAAAUUAAAGGAGAAAUAGAUAUUCAUCAAGGACAAAAAAUGUUCAAACGAUACAACUAAGCAGUGAAGAAUAAUAGAACAGCUUUAUUAUCAUUAAGAUAGAUUUAUUAUGAAAUGAAAAAGGUAACGAAGCUUUAACAUUGUUUAUCAAUAUCCGAAUAUUUCUUAUCCAUCGUUUUGAAUGUUAAUUGUUAAUGCAAAGGUUGAAAAAAUAAAAUAUAUACGAACGUUAUCAAAAAAUAA